AUGCCAGAGACCGCUUCUGAUCUCGCUUUCGGCGGGUUAGAUGGUCUUCUCAGUCCCCGGAACAUUGCGCGUCUCUACAAAGUCUCAGACACUUUAGAGCACUCCAACGGCAGGACCCUGGAGGAUAAAUUGUCUUCUUUAGUUGCAUCCAACAAUGAUGAUCUUCUCGACACAGCUCUUGCUAUAGUCUCUCAUCUAUCUUCGAUGGGGGAUGCAGAGCUAAACAAUUCAGAGUUGGAAAGCAUCGCGAGAAUCAUGUGCGAUAGAGCUAUACGACUAGAGGGAGGCAAAGGGGACUUUGAACUGGUCACGGAAGCAGCAGUCGCAAGCCUCAGUAUCAUUUGCUUGAGACACUCCUUUACUCUGAGCCCGCAGAACCUUUUGAAGCUCACAGCCGUCAGAGAUCCCGAGGAUCCAUGGACAACCGCCACAGCUGCAAAGUCGGCCUCAAAACUCUUAGCUGACGAGCUCGUGGGUCAAGAGCUCACAGAGUUCAUUGUUUCAACUGUCCUCCAAGACUUCCUGAAGCCAUUAUUUUUAAGAUCGUCGUCACGGAUCACAGCUUCCGGGCGACCUUCUCAGUAUGUCGCUAUAAACGAUCGGCUUCCUUCUUUUACUGAAGAGCAACCAUGGAAAUCCCAAGUCACCUGGGUGGAGGCUACCGUGCAAUGGGCAGUAUGCAUGUCUACAGAACUGCUGAUUCAAGAUCACUGGCCGCUUUUCAUGCCAGUUCUGUUAGGGCUUGUUGAACAUGAGUCAAUCGAGGUCAAAACGAGAGGCUUGAAUAUCCUCGCACUUUUCGUGGGCAAAUGCCCAGACAGGGUACUGCAAAAUACAGGCAUAGGACGUGUAUUUGCAGAUGUCGCAUUUCCGCUUUUACUCUCUCUUCCCAGUGUUACUCCUGAGGUCCAAUCUAUAAGCAUUCUCGCUCCGGCUUAUGAUGUGCUUAUAAAACUGGCAGAGUCUACUGGCAGUUCCGAUAACACUGGACGUCGAAGGUUGUUGGACAAGAUCUUGAGGGACGGAAUCCUGGCUGGCCAUUUCCAUGCAUCUCAACAUACUCGCAUAAUACAAAUUCUGAUGCAGCAGACCACAUCGGUAGUCAAUUCUCUCGGUAUCUACACGACUAAACACCUUACACCACUUCUCUCAAUGAUAUCAUCAAUCAUGACGGACCCUUUCGCAGUCUCAUAUCCUCCAACGGUCAUCGCAGCAACACAAGCACUUGACGCCAUUAUUGCCAAUGCGUGGCCUCGGAUCCAAGAGGGUGGUCAUAUGGAAAAUAUCAUCAGAAUCAUAUCGUUGUGUUGGCUUAGUGUCUCGGAGGAGAUCGAGCAGAAUGUAGCUGAGGUUUCAGAGCAUGAUAUCAAAGGUUUAUCAUGGCAGCUGAAACAUACUGCGAAAGCUCUGGAGGCCCUUUGGGUUCAUAAUACAUCAAGACGUCCAACAAAGUUGGAUGAAGUUUUGGAGCAAGAGCCAAGGUUAGCGAAGCUUUUUCCUCUGGCUUUGGCUUAA